AUGUCCGGCGCAAAAAAGAAAGAGAAAAGACCACCCUUAACCCACUUUCUCUGCCUCCCUCUAGUCAACUCAACAUCCCUCCCCCAACUGGAAUCCUCACUGGCAGCAUUCAAAGCUUCGAUCCCUCGCCGGGCACUUCGAUAUGGAGCUCCAGAGCAGCCACUCAUCCCAGAUGGUGCGCUCCGUCCCGUCGGUACUCUGCACCUGACUCUGGGUGUCAUGAGUCUCCCAACAAAGGAUCGUCUAAGCGAGGCUAUCGAGUUCUUUCAAUCGCUAAACCUAGUCACCAUGGUGCGUGAGGCCGAGAAAAUCGCAAGCGCACGCGCACAAGGGAGGAAGAUAAAUGCACAUCUAGUUCCAGCGGCAGACCAGUCAUCUUCGUCGAGCGCCGGGGACCUUGCCAAAUCACAUGGUGAAAGUCCCCCGAGCCCGUUCAUCAUUUCUCUUGAAUCUUUGCAUGCGCUUCCUCGCGCGCGCGCCGCGACGGUCCUACAUGCGGCGCCAGUCGAUCCUACUGCUCGCUUGUAUCCUUUCUGUGAACUGCUGCGGGACAAAUUCCUGGAAGCUGGAUUUUUGCUCGGUGACCAGAGAAAAGAGAAAGAUAGCAAGCAGACGAACGAUAAGUCUACAGAAGAGGCGGCGAUUGAAGAGCCCUCCCUCCUUGAGGAAAUGCCAGCCAAUGUUGCGGAAGAAACCGCACGAACGUCAGACAAGCCGAUAAGCACUCAGCCUGUAUCGAAGGAAUUUACGGUUUCAAAACCGAAGAUCAGACCGCUUCUGCUGCACGCUACGGUCGCAAAUACAAUUUAUGUCCGUGGGAGAGCACGGGGGGGAGGGCCGCAGAAGGGUCAAAAUCGCAAAAACCAAUACACUUUCGACGCACGGGAGUUUUUGUCCCAUUAUCGAAAUUAUUAUGUUGACGGCGAUAGAACGACUCCUCGAACUACUGUGGUUAUAACUAGCGGGGGUAGUAGAGAGUGUCUAACGAUGCCACCGGCGCCAAACACCGAUAUCCCUUUGUGUGGGCGAAGAACUUCCCCCUUGAAACAGUGUGUAUUUGUGAGAUGGGUGCGAAGAAACUUGACCCAGAGGCCGAUGAGGAUGGAAUGA